AUGUCACCGAUUGUUGCUGGUGUUUGUUAUGUCAUAUAUGAGCAAGUCAAAAAUGAUUAUGAAAUAAAAUCUACAUUUCAAAAUGGUUCAUGUCCUAAUUUUAAAUUUAAAGAAGAACAAUUACUUGAAAGAAAAUUAUUAUUAAAUUCUCUUAUAACUAUUCUUACACCUGUUGCUGAUAAACUUGUUUCAUCAUAUUUUAUUGUACUUGGUGAACAUGGAGUUGAAAAAUCUACAUUAAUUCGACAAACAGCACGAACAGUUUGUCGCGGUGUUAUUUAUGUUGAUGUUCCAUCAAAUGUCGAUAAAUUUGGUCUUGCUUUUGCUCGUGCAAUAAAAUUUGAUUUUAAAGAACAUAUUCGUCUAUCAACAUGGAUCGAAUCGAAAAUGUUUGGUUCACCAUCAGAUGAAGGUACACAUUAUUUUCAAACUAAAGAUUUUUUUGAGUUUUAUUUUAAAUAUGGUUGCGUCCCUGUGUUAAUUCUUGAUAAUUGUGAUACACUUGCAAAUAAAGAUCCAAAAGUGCUUGAAAUAUUACAAGAUACCGCUAAAACAGCUAUUGAUGAUUCAUCAUGGAUUACUGUAUUUGUUACAUCAGUUUGA